UGUAAUUUGAUGUUUUUUUUUUCUUUCUUUCAGUGAUGUCAUGUAAGUUACACCAAGCUGAAUGAGUAAUAUUCAGGAAUGUACGUAUGUAGUGCGGUUUAUUUAUUUAUUUCACAUACAUACAUAUACGCUUUUUUCAGCAGAUAAUUUUCUCCGUGCGAUUCGUAACGUCGUUUGUGUACGCGUAUUGGUGUUAGUCUGUGUGUAUGCGUAGUUACAUGCAGGCAGGCAGAGGCACUAUCCACAAUGGAAUAAUAACGUCGACAAAGGAAAUAAUCUCUUAAUUUAAGCUAAAUUAGUUCUAGGAUGUGGGCAUCACAUAUAAACUCGAUUGAGAUUCAUUAAGAGUUAGUAUGCGGUCAAAUGUCGUCGGCUGAAACCGUCCGUUGCGUGCGUUUUCUCUCCUCCUGGUUUCAAACUCGCUCACGCCUCCCCCACAUCCAACAUCAACAACUCCAUCCUCAUCACCACGAUGCACACGCAGACGAUGAUUCGAACGAAACGCGCGAGAUGAUUCGAAACUCAUGGUCCCCUUAUUCUGAAAUUAUCUGCUGCGACCCCUGACCCUCGAUACGAGAUUAGGCUUGUGACCCUCUCGCUGUGGAGAAUACACGAUAAAUAUAUACAAACACAGCAGCAGUCGCCAACGCGUUUCUUUUUUACUUAACCAGAACGUGUCCAUCCAUGAAUACUUUCGAUCAAGGAUGUGCGUAAAGAAGAAGUACGACCAAAGAAGUUCCCAAAAACGGAUUACUAAAAUUAAAUGGAUUUGUCUGAAUAUUUGAAGUUGGGUCUGAAGGAUCUUUGCAAGGCAAAGCAAACAAGUAGAGUUGUGCAGAUCAGACAUUUAAGACAGCAGAACAGAGAUAAAUACAUGAUGUCUCAAAGGCAGAUAGUGGAAUCAGUUGAGAAUACUCCAGAAGUGAAGGCCAAAGUUAGGAGACCAAUUUUAAAGCAGCCUGUAAUUGAAGUUGAGCAACCUAAAGUCAAUAAAAGGAUGGAAGCUCUGUUAUUGUGGAGGGCAGAGAAAGCUAAGAAGAUGGAAAUGGAGAAGAAUUCAAACAAAUCGAAACCAGUGUUUAAGGUUUCAAAAGUGGUGGCUCAGACGAAAUUGGAAGACAUCUAUCCAAAAAAAGCGAGUCAGACACCAAGCUUUGUAGGAUCCACGCACAGUUUUAAACCGCCAAAGAAUAUCAAACCAAUUGCUAUACAUCAAACAACAAUCUCUCAGAAUACCAGAAGCAAAACUCAAACAUCAAAAAGCAAAAAUGAUACUGCAAUAAAAAAAGCGCCAAUAAAAAGAACUGUAACUGCUAGAGCUAAGGAUACUAAAGGCAAAACUAAUAAUAAAAUUUUAGAUAAGAUUAUUGAAUUUGGAGAUGCCCUUAAAGUGUCAACUGCAAUAAAUACUCUACCUGAGAUAAUAGUGGGAAUGGAAGAAUCACCAAAGAAAAUGAACAAAACUCCUAAUCGGAGUACAAGGAUGAAGAAAUCGCGAAAGAACAGGGAAAACGAAACUCCGAAACAUCCAUCAAAGAAACGUAACACUGAAACAACAACACCCAAGGAAAAUACUCUUCAAGUAAUGGAGGUUACUCCUCAAAAAAGUCCGAACGAAUUGCCGAACAACGAGGUGGUAUAUGUUAGUCCAUUUGUGACUAUCGCCAGAGGAAAGAAAAUGGCGAGAGAUGAGUAUAAAAGUAGGUCUUCGAUGGGUGGCAUUCUAGCCGGAUCACCGGAUUUCACAGGCCCAAAAGCUGCAGCGAAAUACUUUUAUAAUUUAAAAGCUGAACAGAUCGUAAGAUUGCAAGGGCUUAUUGAAGAAUGGACAAAAUAUUCGGAACACGAAGAUCUUCCUGAAGGAGCAGAGGAUAUUAUAAACGCAACGAUUGGUCAAACGAAUUUGCUCUUGAAUAAGAAGAUGGAACGUUUCCAGCAGCUAAUAGAUAACUGCGAGAAUCAAAAUACCGACCCUUUGGUGAACGCCACCGACUUGCACGGUUAUUGGGACGUGGUUACUAUACAAGUAGACUCGAUCGAUAAGAGGUACGAAAAUCUUGUGAGAAUGAGGGACAAUGGCUGGGAAGAGAUAUUACCUAUACCAAAGAGGGUGGAGGAAGUCGCAGUUCCACGACCCAAAAAGAAGGUGGCUGUGAAGAAGAAGAAGACUGAUGCACAGGGAAGCUCGAAGUUAAGAGGUGCAAUUCGAUUGGCCAGACAGAAACAGCAGAUGGCCUCGUCCGAAGGAAGCAAUUGCUUUGACGGUGGUUUCUUCAGCAUACAAUCUCCUAAAAAAUCGCCGGCGAAGACUAGGAAAAGUUUGCUAAAGUCCGUACUCUCAUCGGCCAAAGGCACGCCGAAACAUUCGCCCGGUCUAAUGAUGAUGAAGGUUGCACAUAAUAUUAAAUCAAUAAAGAAAGAUACCGAUUCUGGGAGCAAAUCAACUGGAAAGAAACUCAAGACUGUUUUGUUCGCUGAUGAAGUGAUGGACUGCAAUGGAUCUUCGACCGAAGAAGAUAAAGAAAACUUAGAAGAGAUUACCGCCAAACAAGAAACUCCCCGUAGUAAACGACAAUCCGUUAGAUUGAGUAGUCGUAGUAAACUAUUUUAAUCAACGAGGCCAUUCUGGGAAUAAUCGAAACGAUAAGAAUAUAUACGUUUUGUUUUUCUCUCCCUAUUUAUUACCAAUCUUAUUUUAAUGCUGUAAUUAGAAGUUAUUUGAUACGUUAUGCAUUCACGCGUUCCCAAUUUUAUGCUCUACUUUCAAGUGAUGUUUUUCAAUUUAGGUUUUUAAAAUUUCCAUUAUUUUUUAU